CUUGUCAUUGACAUAAGUCUAUCGCCAGAGAUAAACCCUUCUAUCGUAUUGCCGGUGGUACGGACAGGAGACAUUUUUUGAUUUACAAUUUUUCAGUUUGAUAUAUAAAUUAUUAAUAAAUUUGAGGGAAUUCAAGAAAAGGUAGAGCUAGAGUGCAGGAGUCCUAACAAAUAACUAAUAUAGCCCAAAAUGUCUGCAGCACAGUUAUUCAAUAGAAUAGGCCAGGUGGGACUAGGAGUAGCCCUUGUUGGUGGAGUAGUUAAUUCUGCCCUUUACAACGUUGAUGGUGGUCACAGAGCAGUAAUUUUUGACCGGUUUUCUGGAGUGAAGAAACAAGUAAUAGGAGAAGGAACACAUUUUUUCAUACCAUGGGUACAGAGGCCAAUCAUUUUUGAUGUGCGAUCAAGGCCAAGGAACGUUCCAGUAAUUACCGGAAGCAAAGAUCUACAAAAUGUGAAUAUCACACUUCGUAUCCUGUUCAGACCUGUACCAGAUGAGCUUCCCAAAAUUUACACAAUUCUUGGUCAAGAUUAUGAAGAAAGAGUUUUGCCUUCCAUUACCACUGAAGUUUUGAAAGCUGUCGUAGCUCAGUUUGAUGCUGGAGAGCUCAUCACUCAAAGGGACCUGGUGUCACAAAAGGUCUGCGAUGAUCUAACAGAAAGAGCCUCUCAGUUUGGAGUGAUUCUAGAUGAUAUUUCCAUCACACAUUUGACCUUCGGCAGAGAGUUCACGCAAGCAGUUGAGCUGAAACAAGUUGCUCAACAGGAUGCUGAAAAAGCUAGGUUCUUAGUAGAAAAAGCUGAGCAGACAAAGAAGGCUACCGUUAUAUCCGCAGAGGGAGAUGCCCAAGCGGCAAUACUUCUAGCUAAAGCUUUUGGAGAUGCAGGUGAAGGUUUGGUCGAGUUGAGGCGGAUUGAAGCAGCUGAAGACAUAGCCUACCAGCUGAGUAGAUCCAGGCAGGUGUCCUACUUGCCCGGAGGGCAAAACCUCUUGUUGAACGUACCCACGCCCGGUAACUGAGUAGGAGUAACGGUCAAUAGUUAGUUUGUAAACGGGUCAGAAUAGACUGCAAGUCUGGUGAAAUUAUUGUGACUGCAAAAGAGCCCACUGCAUUUUUAUAUUAUGUAAAUGUAAGAGGUUUGUACUAUGUAAAGUUAAAUAAAGAUAUUAUUUGUUAAC